AUGGCCCCCGGUAUAGUGUCUGACCAUUCAACAGACAUUCUGCCUGACAUCAAACCCACCGUCUACGUAUUAGACUCUUUCCAGCCAGAGGUUAUUGCAUUUUGCGAAGAAAACUUCAACGCCAUUUUCCCAGGGCAACCAGAGCACGCGAAAUGGAAAGAAAACGCCCAGUUUCUUCUCAUGCGAUCAUCGCGUCUGACAGCUGAAGAUGUUGCAGCCUGUCCCAACCUCCUCGCCAUUGGCAAACAAGGCGUUGGCAUUGACAAAAUCGAUGCAGACGCCUGCUCCGCCCGAGGGAUCAAGAUUUUCAACACUCCAGGAGUCAACGCUCGAGCCGUUGCUGAGCUUGUUCUUACAUUGACCACGGCGGUUGCGAGACAAGUCGGCAGCAUUACGAAAAGACAGAACUCUGGUAUUCUUGUUCCCAAGGAGAAAUGCUCCGGUCUUAUUUUGCAUCGCAAGAAGAUUGGCAUACUUGGCAUGGGCAACAUUGGGAAGUCUGUCGCCCAAAUAUUCCGUGGAGCAUUUGAAGCAACUGUGAUUGCUUACGACCCCUAUCUGCCUUCUGAAGCGUGGGCAGAAAUACCCCAUCAGCGCGCUAAAUCAGUGGAGGAGGUUCUGUCAGCUUCUGACAUCGUGACAGUUCACAUGCCGUUGACUUCGACUACAAAGGAUUUGAUUGGGUAUGACCAAUUCAAGAUAAUGAAGAAGACAGCAAUAGUCAUCAACACAGCUCGUGGUGGCAUCAUUAACGAAGCAGACCUGGAGGAAGCUUUGUCAGAGGGUCUUAUUUGGGGCGCAGGCUUGGAUUGUCAUGAGCAAGAGCCUCCGAGCCAAGAGAAGUAUGGAUCACUCUGGGAGGCUGGGGCGAUAAGCACGCCGCAUAUUGGUGCUGCAACAAGGGAGACACAAGUACAAACUGGAAUGGCUGCUGCUACACGUUUGUUGGAUUACGCAAAGAGUAGGGCAAUGUAG